GUGACUCAAGGAAGGGACUCCAUUCGGGACUUGUUGUUAUUAUCCUGAGCUAACGCUAACUGUCAACCAGAAAGCCAACUGUUUUAACUCUAAACCUCAACAUGUCUUCAGACUUUGAAGCUUACGAGCAGGACUUUGGAACCCUUACGGCGGAAGUUACAAACAAAAUUGGCAGGAUCCCCAAACUAAGUGGAGAGGAGAAGACACAGCUGGUUCUAAAUGUCGACAAACAGCUUGAAGAAGUCAGAGAGUUGCUGGAGCAGAUGGACCUGGAGGCGCGGGAGAUCCCCAUCCAGAGCCGGGCCAUGUACAACAGCCGACUGAAGAGCUACAAGCAGGAGGUAGAGAAGCUGGAGAAAGACUUCAAAAGGUCACGUAUUGCCUACAGCGAUGAGGUGCGCAACGAGCUCCUGGGGGACGAAGCCAGCUCCUCGGAGAACCAGUUGAUAAAGUUACGUGAAGAGAGAGCGCAUCUGUUGGACAACACAGAGAAGCUGGAAAGGUCAUCACGGAGACUGGAGGCCGGCUACCAGAUAGCAGUGGAAACCGAACAAGUGGGUCAGGAGAUCCUUUCCAACCUGAACAGUGACCGUGAGAAGAUCCAGCGAGCCAGAGAAAGGCUGAGAGAAACGGACGCCAACCUGGGCAAGAGCUCUCGCAUCCUUACCGGCAUGCUGAGAAGGUAAGCGGCAGGAUCAUCCAGAAUCGGGUCCUGGUCUUCAUCCUGGGAGCCAUCAUCCUUCUCACCAUCAUCCUGGCCAUCUAUUUGAAUGUGCGGGGCCACUGAUCUCCCCUCCACACACACACACACACACACACACACACACAUUCGUUCCUCCCCUGACACAAAUACAAACACACACAUGCGUGAUUAAUAGCGACAAAAGCGUUGUUCAGCAGUAAUCAGGACAAAUGGUCCCCAUGAAUCACCGUUUCCAACGUCUGACAGGGAGCUUUUUUUUUUUUCCUUCUCUUUUCCUGUUUGCUGUUUCUUUCUCGCUCUCCCUUAAUUUUCCGUUUGGCUUUCUCGUUCUUUCUUUCUCCUUCUUUCUCUUUUGCUCCCUCUAAAGUUUAGUGCUCUCCCUGUCAGGCUCUCCCAGACAUCUCUAGGGACAAGUUCAUAUUUUUCAUGGUGUCGCCCUCAGCGGGUGAACGAGGCCUCGGGAUUUUGAGUUUUGCAACUCAAAGCAGAUUCAGAUUUGUAGAUGUUUGUGGGUCAAGCGUUAAUUCCGAACGUGUGCGCGCGUGCGUGCACGGGACUGCGACAAAGGACCCGCUUGUGCCCGACAGUCGCAGCGUUUGUUAUUAACACCGACAUGCUGUAGUACGUGUGAGCGCGUUACUUCUCCACGUCGCUCCGGCGCGGCACAGAGCUGUGCCUUUCGGAUAAGAUGCGCAGUACACGCCGGCGAAAAAAAAAGCUCAGCCGAACCCAAAAUGGGUCCAUGGCGCAGCCGAGAAAGGAGAUGACGCACGCGAAAAGGUGGAGGUCAGUUCAGUGGAACAAGGCGAAGGGACCGGCUUUUUUUUAAUUUAUUUUUUUAAUCGCUGAUAUUUCAAGAUUGAGAAAAUGAAACUAAAUCUACUGUUUCAUGUGUUUUCUUAAUACAAAAGGGAACUGACCCCGGGCGUGGUACAUGCAUACAACGCAUAGAAAGUGUCCUUCGCUCGUCAUAACUAGCUUCAUCCCCAUAUUUGGUACAUUUCCCCUGCACCACUCACACACAGACUUUCACAUCUUAUUCCUGCAGACUUUUAAUGUUAUUCUCUUAUUGUUGUGGAAGAUUAUAGGCGUCAUGCUGUAUGUACUAACUUUAAAAUCUACGUCAUGAAUGUGGAGUUUUGCUCUCAAUACAAGUGAUUCUGUUAUUAUUUAUUUAUAAAUGCAUUUAACAUUUCUGUGUUAGAACUGUAUAUUUCUUUCUUUUUAAUGGUUAUUCAGAAUUUAAAUCAACCAUUUUUUUUUUUUUCUUGAUUUUUGGCGGUUCAGUGAAUAGAUUAUUAAAUGCAAACUGCACACCAGGACCAACUGAAA